UUGGCUACAGCAAGUCAUUAUCUUCUAGGGCAUCGCAGAUGUGGUCUCGAUAUUUCACAUCGACUCGUAAUAGAAGAAGCUUUCAACAGCAUACCGACUGCAACAACACUAAGAAACCGGGGAGCCGGAAUGCGGUUUCUUUUAUUAUUGCUCUUUGCGGUGAUCAGCACUGUUUACUCUAAGCUCACUUGCACGCGAUGUCCGUUCCACAUUACUCCGAAAGGCCGCACCAACUGCACGGAAACUUGUGAAGGAGACGUCUGUAUGAUCGUUGUAAAUAAAUACUUCAAUGGAACAAUAAUUGCCGGCUGCAUUAACCUCCACGGCGACGAUAAGUUCCACGAAGGACCAGCAGCAUGUUACAGAGAAGAGCAUAGAACAUUGUGCGCUUGCACGACUAAGGAUCGGUGCAACGACCCGACAUCGCCCAUCGCCAACUUCAAAUUCGUUGACGCCCCGAUUCUGAGCGGAUAUCAAUUCACGCCUUUGGUCGGUGGACCAUCAGGAGGUGGAGCAAUCGACACUUCCAAACUGAUUGGAGGAGACGCCGAGAAACCGAAGGAGCAUGGCUUAACAUCUAAUUGGAACUCGACUGAAAAGGCACUUUCGGCUGCGACAGCUACAGUAGGCACCGGAUUUUUGCCAAAUAGUCUUCAUAGCUAUUUUGUGCAGAGUGGAAACGUCAAUAUGCCCAUUCUCUAUAUGGUUGAUCGCAUUCGAGACGGACGUAGCUUUUGCACACGUCUGGUCAAAGCAGUUCAGAACGGAGAGGCCAUAUUCACUGUGCAGAUAUCUUUUCACAAGCCGGAAGCUGACUCGAUUGUUCAUCAAGUCGACAUGCCUAAAGUGAUUGGGCCGGAACGGUCUUUUGGACUGGAAUCAGCUAAUGGAAGAAGCCGCGAAGAAUCCUCAGCUGCAUCCAGCGGCUGCAGCAAUUAUCCGCUUCAAACGCAAAGAAAUUCCGCCAGCGUUUUUCAGAAUAUUUUCUGUAAGUUCCUUCCAGUUGACGUAAAUUCGUUUCUUUUUCAACCAUCGGUAGCUGAUGGGAACAAAAAACCUGAUCAGAACAGCUUCCGUUCCUAUAUGUGGAUCAAGGCGAAUGAGAAUAUCGGUGAUGACCCUCGUUUGCAUGUAGCUGCGGCUGCAUACAUAUCUGACGCUACGAUGAUUGAAACUGCUGUUCGUCCCCAUAGC